AUGAGUGAGCAGGGAAGGGAGACAGAGGAGGACGAAGGAGGGGGUGUUUCGGACACAGCACCCAUGCUGCCCCAAAGGCUUCCUGACCGCCAGGCGUCGGCCCCGAUAGCAGGGUGGGCAGGCCUGGCUGCCCGAGGCCUUGGGCCCCCGCUGCUGCCCAGCCGGGUCCUGGCAGGCCUCCUGCUCCUCCUGCUGCCUGCGGCCGCGUUCCUGCUGGUACUGCUGCCGGCAGCCGCCCCCGUCUACCUGGGAUUCCUGUGCCACUCAAAGGUGCACCCGGCGCCCCGCCCCGCGUGCCACGCGCUGCUCUCGGACCGCAGCUCUGCGACGCUCGUGGUGUUGGGCUUCCUCUCGCUGCCUCCGUUGUUGGUACUCGCCUCGGCCGCCCGCGCCCGCCUGGCCCGACGCCUCCGCUCGCUGCUGCCGCCCCCCACUUGGACCCCCGGGCCCUGUCACCACCCCGACGGGCAGGAGCAGCUCUGUGCCUGUGUGUGAUCCCCAGAGACCCUUCAAAGGACGCGAGACCUCCAAUCCAGGGAGGCCCCCGAACAACCCCCGGGAUCCCCAUAAGGUGGCCCCAGGCCGGCGAGCUCGAGGUCUGCGUUCAGGUCCAUCCAGCCGGAGAAAUAGCAUGUGUGCCUGAGGGCUCGUGCGCAGUGCUCCGAGUGGCCGCGAGAUGGCACCGGCCUCCCUCGGACCGGCGUUGGCCCUUCCCCAACUCCACAGGCACCGCUGCUGCAGCCAGGCUGGGAAGCGCCCAGGCGGAGGGAUGGCUUUCAGAGAAGGGGCGCCUGGCCGGGCUUAGAAAAGGCGGCCUUCCUGCCUUCCGCUGUGGCUGCCCUGAGCUCCUGCUCCCUCACAAAGGGCCGCCCCAGCGGGCCUCCAGCGAAUUCAGAGGUACUGACACCUCCGCACCCCACCUGCGCUCAUGUUUCCAGGUCAGCAGUGGCCUCCAGCAUCAGGGCUGGCAGGGCUCAGCCUGUGACCAGGGUUAACAUUUAGACAGGCACUAGAGUAAGGGUUGUGCGUUCUCUCUAGAUAACUUCAAGAUCUUCGGUCUUUCUCCUGUGCUUAAGCAUGUUUUCAGUUGUGGACGUGUGCUUAACGAUCCAUUCGCUGCAUAUACACAGUGUUUCCAGACCCUGGUGACUCACAUAUUCCAUCAGUUCUGGAAGAUUCCCAACUAUUAGCUCAUCAAUUCUGCCUCUCAGUCACUGCACCUGUUCUUUCUUGAGGACACCUAUUAAAUGAAUGCUUUACCUUUUCCUUUUCCUUCCACGUCGAUUCAUCUGUUUUGUUUUCCAUCUCGUUGUCUCUCUGUGCUGCAUCUGGGCAAUUCCUUCAUCUCCCUCUUCUAGUUCACUAAUUCGUCUGUUGAUUAACUCAUGGAUUUAAUUUUAAAUUAGUAUAGUCUACCUAAACAUUAUACUUGCUUCUUUUUCAAAUCUGAUCGUUUUUAAUGGUCUCUUGGUAGCAUGCUCAAUCUUUGGACUCCAGCUUCGAUUUUUCGAACAUUCCACAUAGUUAUUUCAUAUUCUGUACCUAAGAAUUCCAACGUUUUAGUCUUUGAGGAGGAUCUCUAAAUUCGUUGUGUUGUUUCUGCCGAUUCUCACUAAUAGCAUUUCUUUGCAUGUUUGCUAAUUGUUCGUUGUCAGCCCACACCUGUGAAAAUUCUGAGGCUGUGUCCCGCCCAGCGAGGACUGCCUUUGGGAGGCACCGCCAGCCCCGACUGCCCCCUAGGGGCCUGACUUGGUAACUGCAGCGCGGUGCCCACGCUGGCUUCCGGGCCUGUGGUGUGGCUCUCCCGCCCCAGUCCUCUGCUUUCCGUCUGUUUUCGUGCAUCAUCCUGGGUUUCUGCUCAUUAUCCUUCUGUUUGUUUACUUACGUUCAGGGUUUAAUUUGGGGGGCCCAGAGUCUACUUGUAGCUGAAGGCCUCGUAAAGGAUCUGGCCCGGUGGGACUCUGCCUGGGACCAGCAAGGUCAGGGCCCAGGUGUGCACAAAGGUCAGGGCUUAGGGUUCAGGCUAUGACCAGGGUCAGGGCUCAUUCCAUGGCCUUGAGCAGAGCCUGGUGUGUGGCUGGCUGUGGUCCAGCAGGAGUCCGCCUGGUUUUCCAGUAGUCUGUGCCCAGCUCUGAUGCCGGUCUCAGUCAGACCACCUGGCCAGUCGCCCAGCUGCAAGGAAAGCUUCCCCGGGGCCAAGGCCAA